GUGAAGUCGUACUCUCCACGUCUGCGUCAAGAACAACAAAUUUACGGAGUUCGUGGAACAGGAGGAGCCUCCAUUAGGAGUUGCUGUCGCUCUACUGUGGUUGUGAUGCUGAAGCAAGAACUUUUCUUCAAUCUUCAGUUUCUAUCGCUCUAUUUUGGUUUAGCCGAUCCAUGACUUAUCUUCACAAUUAGGUUUCGCUGAGUUUCUGCCACUCUCUCUGGUUCAGGCAAAUCUUUCCUUCAUAUUUUCAUUUCCGCCCUCUCACUUUGGAGCAAGAACUUUCUUCACAUUGUAGUUUCUGUCGCUUUGUUAUGGUUUAACCAGUCACGACGCUAAGCAAGAACUUUUCAUCAAAUUUCAAGUUCUCGACAACCUGCUUGCAAGAAGCACACUAUCUUCUAUUCUGAAGGCUUGAACAGAGAAUACGACCAUGUCGUCGUCGUCGGCGAAGGCGAAGAAAAUGAUCUCGAGGAUCAUGCCCAAGAGGAAAUCGAAAUCGAGGUCCAUAUCGUCCCUGGCAUCAUCGUCAAGUGAGGAUGAUAGACCGAGGAAGAAAAGGAUCUCACUCCGAGAAAAGGUUCAGAAUGCGAAGCCCAAAUUGAAUCCUCCGUUCAGAAAGAAACGAUCUGACACCAACGCUAAGAACUCCCAAGGCCUCACUCCGCUUCAUGUAGCUGUACUCGACAGCAACGUAGAUGGCGUUAGAGAUCUUCUAUCCAGGAAAGACAUUGACAUCAAUGUCGAAGACCGUCGACAUCGCACGCCCCUGAUCGUGGCUUGUGAGAACAACCUGACCGAAAUCGCCCUCAAGCUCAUCAAAAACAACGCUGACCUUACCGUUUGGGACGAGAAUUUUGACACGCCACUCCACAUCGCAUUCAGGAAGGGAAACAGAACAAUUGCGGAGAGGAUCGUUGAUAGGGCCAGGGCUAAAGGGCAUCUGAAAGAGGUAAGACUGAAGCCUCGAUCAGAUAUUGAGCGGUACACCGAUGUUUUUUUUUAAAAUGAUGACGUAAAGUUUAAUACG